AUGCCUUGCCCAGCAUCAAUCUAUGAAGAUAAUCAAGGAGACAAUAUGAAUGAUUUCUAUUUGAAUUCAAGCAGAAGAAGUUUUGAGAAUUAAGAUCUUAAUUUAAGCAGAAGUAGCAUGAGAGAUAGCAACAAGAAGCUACAUGAGUAUGUUGAGCAAAUGAUAACUAUUGACAAGAAUGAAGCCAAUAUGCUUGGACUAGUCCCUGCUAAUGACUUGUAGAAAUCAACUUAUUCAGAGAACAAAGACUUGGCCCUUAUCAACGAGUAACCAAGUGAAUAAGAGCACUCUACUCUUAACUAAAUGAACUUAAUAAACUAGUUUGGCUCAAAGCAAAUUGAGAAUAAUUGUGAAAGCUCAGAAUUAAAUUCUGCUAUGAAUGAUGCUGAAAUUAAAAGCAAUUUUCCUAUUAAUAAUAUUGAGGAGAAUUAAAAUUAAUCCCAAAUUAAUAAUGUCAGCUAAAUUUCAAUAGUACCUAGUCCAUAAAUAGGUCCAUAGAAGUAAAUUUCAAAAAAUUUAACUUCUAGGAAAUCUAAUGUUCAGCAGAUGAAGACUAUCUCAGAGAAACCAGAGAUUGGAAGAAAAAUAUUUCACAAUCAGAAAUUCCCUAAAUAGGAGAAGUCUGAGAUUUCUGGUAGAAAAUCUGACUAUUAAUAAAGAAGAUUUAAUACUUAGAUUUUAGCAGAAAAAUAAUAAUCUAAAAAUGAGACAAACCCGCAAUUCAAGCCUAAGAGAAACGCCUGCGAAAUUUGCAAAGUUGAGUUCAAAAUCUAUGAUCCUUAAAUGCAAAUGAUGUGUGGGCAUAGAUGCCAUCCUAAAUGUGUCAAGGAUUUGAUUGGUCAAAAAAACUAGACCAAAAUUGGAGAAGUUAUAAGAAAGUAAAACCCAAUCUUAAGUAAUUAGAGUGAAAAGGAGAAUCAAGGAAAUUAUUAAAAUAACAAUCAUUUUAUAAAGCCAAAGUUGAUAAAAGGCGAGAAGUUUGAUGCCAAGAGUUUGUUUCAGAGUGUUAAAUGUGAUGACUGUUCUAAAUAAUAGUGA